CUUUUACCCUCCCAUUAGUUAACUAACACGCGCGCGCGCACAUACGUCCAUACAAGUAAAGCAAGAUUUUCCUCCUCCGCCACCACCAUAUCCACCAACCCCUUCCGGGCUCCCUUUCUUUCUUUGUAAGAAACCACGUAGUGACCGGAACAUGAGCGACGAAGAGUGGGCUAAGGAUGCCAUGACCGACGACUCGUUGGUUGCGUACGUGCUGCUACGGCUCAACCAAGAGCAGCCUCCGUCGCAGCUACCGCCACCGCGGGGCCCAGCCAAGCCGGCUCUCCAUCUUGACUGGACUGUACGCCAGCGGCGUUCGAAAUCGGUACCGAGGACCGGAGACGGGAAGAAGAAGGCCGAACUAGCGAGAGCUAGUCCCACCACGCCACUCUCCUGGAGCGGCGCCACCUCUGUCAGCGGUGGAGGACUCGAAGGUUUCGAGGAGUCCAGCCGGUCGGUAAAAAGGACGGGCGUUUCCAGAUCUAAGGUAGCUGUUAGGGGUGAAACUACCACCAACAAGAGGUCGAGGAAGAAAAAGUCAUUAGCUGAACUUAGAGAGGAGGAAAGUUUUCUCUUAAAGGAAAGGAGAACUUUGAAAAGUGAACUGGCAGCCUUACGUCUCACCGUCGAGAAACAAAGAGAUGCAAAUGAAAGCUUCAAGAAAAUGAAGCUUGAUUUGCAGUCACAGCAGAUGAUGAAAGCUACAACCUCUAUGGCAUCCAAGGAAGCCCUCUCUGACCGACCCCCGAAAAUGGAAGAAGUUUGUGACCCUGCUUUGAUCUUUCCAUCAGACGUGUCAUGCGCUAAUCUUGAUGCUGCCCAAUCCCCAUGCCAAUCGAAAAGUUCUCCGACAGUACAGGAGGUUAGAGACCGUGAAACGUCAUCGAUGUUGCCUGAUCUAAAUCUGCCACUCGAGGAGGAUUACACAUCAAAAAUUUUAUGUGGAAUGAGCUAAUAAGAAAGAGAACCGGGAUGUCUACUGAUCUUCUGUUUUCGUAAUUAAGCUGAUCGAGUUCAUCAACUGCAUCUAUGCUUAAUAAGAGAUAAUGCUUUAGUCUAACCAUAUAUGCGCGCGGUAGGUCGAGUUAUUAUAACUUAAGUACAAAACAAAUUCCCUCACCGCAUCCUGGUGUGGAUUUGUCAUUUAGACAUGAAGGUACAGAGGGUAGUUGUACUGUAGAGAUCGUAACGCAUUCGUUACAUUUAUAACAUUCUUUCCUCGCUGUUUCUACAAGCGUCCAAAAUUCUUUGGGGCCAACCCACAUUCCUUCUGUUUCCUUUCAUUUUAGGAAAUCCUCACAGACAAGGUGUAAUUAUUCUACAGACAAUCGAAGUGUUUGCAUGA